UGAAAUGUUUUUGCAAAUAAAGUUUUUCUAGUUCGCGCAAAUUAGUAAAUAAUAUAUAAAAUAUUAUAAAUAAAUAUUUAAUAUUUAUAACAAACUAAUUAGAAUACUAAAAACAUCUUUGCUUAAACUUGAUAACUCAUAAAUAUCAAUGAAAAUAAACAGAGAAAGUUAAACAAAAAGAACGACAAAAAAAAACGUGAGAGCAAUCUAGAACAACAACAAUAAUAAUAGAAUCUUAUAUUAGACUGUGUCAAAGAAACGACGAAAAAAGAAGGAAAAUUCAAUAAUUUUCUUAGCUGAUUUGUAAAUAACAACGCAAUUGAAAUCAAAUAAAAUUAAAUAAAUAAGUUUAUUAAUUGAAAAUUAGAAUUGUGUGAGUUUAUAAGGAUUUACAAAUAGUGUUUAAUAUUGUUUGCUAAUACAUAAGCAGACCGCGUGUUUUUUUCCUACAACUUUUUUAUUCUCCUACAAACGCCUACUGUCCCUCCCCCCCAAAGAGCUAUCAGGCAAACACAUUUUUUGUUUUGUUUUUGAUUUAUAGCUGGUAUAGACGUUUUAGUACUACGUCUCCAUAAUAAUAUAAAAGUUUACUUAAUCAAAAAAAAAAAAACAGCAAUAUGAAAUACAUUUUAGUUACUGGUGGAGUUAUUAGUGGUGUGGGCAAAGGUGUUAUAGCCUCCUCAUUUGGCACUCUAUUGAAACAAUGUGGCCUGGAUGUCACUUCAAUUAAAAUUGAUCCCUAUAUUAAUAUAGAUGCCGGCACAUUUUCACCCUAUGAACAUGGUGAAGUCUAUGUUUUGGAUGAUGGCGGUGAGGUUGAUUUAGAUUUGGGCAAUUAUGAACGUUUCCUGGAUAUCACCCUGCAUCGUGAUAACAACAUUACCACGGGUAAAAUCUAUCAAUUGGUGAUAGAAAAAGAACGCAAGGGAGAAUAUUUGGGCAAAACUGUGCAAGUUGUGCCCCAUAUUACGGACGCCAUUCAAGAAUGGGUGGAACGUGUGGCUGAAACUCCUGUGCGCGGUAAUUCCAAGCCCCAGGUGUGUAUUGUUGAAUUGGGUGGCACUAUUGGUGAUAUAGAGGGCAUGCCUUUCGUUGAAGCUUUCCGUCAAUUUCAAUUUCGUGUAAAACGUGAAAACUUCUGUGUGGCUCAUGUUUCCUUGGUGCCCUCACCCUCUUCGACGGGAGAGCCAAAAACCAAACCUACCCAAAGUUCUGUGCGUGAAUUGAGAGGUUUUGGUUUGAGUCCCGAUUUGAUUGUUUGCCGUUCGGAAAAACCCAUCGGCUCGGAGGUCAAGGAGAAAAUCAGUAAUUUCUGUCAUGUGGCUCCUGAUCAGGUUAUUUGCAUACACGAUUUGAGUUCUAUUUAUCAUGUGCCCUUGUUAAUGGAACAGACUGGUGUUAUAGAGUUUUUGAAUGAACGCUUGCAGUUGAAUAUUUUGCCCAGUAAAAGGGAAAAAUGUUUGCAACAGUGGAAAGAUUUGGCCCGCCGUUCGGAAACUUUGCGCAAGAAUGUUACCAUUGCUUUGGUAGGCAAAUACACCAAAUUCAAGGAUUCCUAUGCCUCUGUGGUCAAGGCUUUGCAACAUGCCGCCUUAGCUGCCGGCUAUAACCUGAAUUUGAAUUUCGUUGAUUCCAGUUUACUGGAGAAUGAAACUUUGCAAGAAACUCCCUCGAAAUAUCACAAAGAAUGGCAAAUGUUGUGCGAAAGUGAUGGUGUUUUGGUGCCCGGAGGUUUUGGCUCCAGAGGCAUUGAAGGCAAGAUUAAGGCCUGCCAAUGGUGCCGUGAAAAUCGCAUACCCUUCCUGGGCAUUUGCUUGGGUCUACAAGCAGCUGUUAUAGAAUUCGCUCGCCAUGUUUUGGACCUAAAAGAUGCGCAUUCCACAGAAAUCGAUCCCAAAACUGCUAAUGCUUUGGUUAUUGACAUGCCCGAACAUCAUACCGGCCAAAUGGGUGGCACUAUGCGUCUGGGUAAACGCAAAACCAUUUUUGCCGAUGAACCCAGCAUCAUUAGACAAUUAUAUGGCAAUCCCAAGUCCAUAGACGAACGUCACAGACAUCGUUAUGAAGUGAAUCCCAAAUAUGUGCCACAAUUGGAGGAGCAUGGCAUGCGUUUUGUGGGCUGUGAUGAUACCCAUACACGUAUGGAAGUUAUAGAAUUAAGAGAUCAUCCCUAUUAUGUGGGCACUCAAUAUCAUCCCGAGUAUUUGUCUCGUCCCCUUAAACCCUCACCACCAUUCCUGGGUUUAAUUUUAGCGUCGGUGGGUCGCCUGCCCAGCUAUAUAGCCAGAGGUUGCCGUUUAUCGCCUCGUCAACAGUCCGAUGUGUCAUCUGAUGAAGAUGAGUUGUUGGUGGCUGACACCCUGAAACAUUUAAAAUUGAAUGGUAAUGUCAAUUUGACUCCCAACGGCAAGACCGUGCUUUUAAAUGGCAGUGCUUCGGCCUCUGAUUCUGAUACAACCCCUGCUACUGUAAAUGGCGAGGCUUAAACUAAUUUCGUCUAGAAAUUAUAUCUAAAUAUAUUUUUUGAAUAUAUACCCCGUCUUCUAAGUUUUCUAAAACCAACUUUGUUUUUUUUUAAGCAUCAAUUUUUUGACUAGCAUGUAAGCAAAAGAAAAAAAAAGAAUGUUAAAAAUAACGUGAAAUGUAUGUUAGAAAAAGAGAGACAAAAACUAAAAACCAUUUUUUUUAUUAAAUAAAAUUACAUAUUUUACUUAAAUUUAUUAAGGAACUGUUAAAAUGUACACAUACAAAUAUACAAAACUAAACGAAAUGAAUAAUAGUUAUACGAAAUAAACAAAAAUAAUCUAAUUUAAAAUUAAAUAUUAAUUAGAAUCAUGCUAAAACGUUUGAUUUUCCAUGGCCUAAUAUAAAUAGUUAUUAAAUGCUCUACUGUUUUUAUGUUUUCUCUUUUUUAUUACAAUAUAUAAUUUUAUAUAUUUCUAAAAUCAUUGUCCUUGUCAUAGAGAAAUAUUUAUAUACAUAUUUGCUCCAUGAUCCAUGUUUUUAAUAAUUUAAGUAAAAAAAUUAUGCCGGCUAUUAAAUAAAAAUCAAGUUUUAUUUGAAUAUCAUUUAUAAUUAUGUACAACAAAUAAAAAUAAAAUAAAAUUGUAAAAAAA